AUGGAUACGAACCAAGGGGGGGCAGAGGCGCCCGGCGAGAAGAAAGAGGUCGAGGAGGAGGAGGAAGGGGACACGGAAAAGGAUGAAGAGGAGCCGCAACAAGAGGAGGAGGAACGGAAGAAGCCGGUGUGCUGGUUCGGGUCCAACUGUUUCCGCAAGAGUAAGAAGCACCUCAGCAAGUAUGCCCACCCCGCUUCAACUGGCAAAUCGAGCACAAACCUGCUCGCCACUGCUGCGGGGGCCGUAAAGCAGAUCUUACAAGGCAAGAGAAAGCGGGAGGAGAGCAAGGUGGAGGGGCAGGAGGAACAAGAAGAGGGUGGGUCAAAGAGAUUGAAGCCAUUUGAGGGCGAUGAAGAGCCAACACAGCCCGACGAGGGAGAAGAGCAGGAAGCGUUUGCCGCCGUGGAACCCACACUAAUCGUCACCGAGGACUGUGGCGACGACGAAGGCCCCACGCAAAUCAUCGAAGAAGUAGUGGAAGUAGAAACCACCCAAAUGGUCGUGGAAACGCUCGAGGCGACGAAGCCGAAGCUGACCCGGCAGUUCUCGUCUCAAAUGCACUUGGACGCGUUCCUGGACAAGAUGAAGGAGCGAGAAGAAGAGAACAGGGAUGGAGAGAAGCAGAAGGAGAAGCAGAAGGAGGCUGGGGCUGACGGUGGUGGCGAGGAGCAGGAAGCUGACACCGGUGGCGAGCCUACGCAGCUGAUCGUCACAUCGAUGGAAGGCGAUGGCGCGCUGCCGUCGACCACCACCGCGGCGGAAGACGCACCCACCCUGCUCGUCGAAAUGGAGGAGGACAACGCAGAGCACGAGAAGAAGGACCAGGAGGAGACGAAACCAGUGGAGAAGGCGCCGCUGGAAGCGCCCAGCCCCGACCUUCCGGAGGGCUAUGUCGACGCCUGGGACAACGAAAACAUCAAGCUUCCGUGCUCCCCACAAAACACGUAUCGGCGGGUGGGGACUCGCUCGCGUCGCCUGCUGUCCAGGUGGUACCUGAUUCACACCGUUCUCUCCGUUCCCAUGCGCUCCUCGCUCGACCUUCAAGAAGCGAUCAUCGCCUACAACUGUACGGAGGACUCCAAGUAUGCGCAGUACUGGGACUUCUCCGCGCUUCACUACUUCUUCCAGCAGUUGGCCACCAAGGAGGAGUUUGACACCUUCUUCGACACCACGCUGCCGUUCAUCAUCCGACUUGCCCUGCGUCUUCCCGAACUGUUCAGCGAACCCACGCCUCUGCUCGCUAUGGGCGAGGAUCGAACCCUCGUGCUGACCCAGGAGCAAGUCGCCUGCCUUCUCGCCAACGGCUUCCUGUGCACAUUCCCGAAGCAAGGACCACAAAAGAAAGGGCGCAAGGGCCAGUACCCUUCGUUUUCGUUCCACACCCUGUUCAUGGGCGCCGGCGAGCGAUGCCUGCCCAACCAAGCGGCCAAGCUUCGCUGCGUCUUCCACUAUUUUGAACGGGUCGCACACAAGAUGCCCACGGGUGUCGUGUCGUUCGAGCGACGGGUGCUCGAAGACGAACCGCCGUGGGGCGAGUGCGAUACCGGUCUUGCCGAGCUGAUCAUUUCCGACGAUGGCUGUAUUGAGGACGUGCAGGAGGAAUGUCUGCAGAUUGACUUUGCGAACAAGAUGGUCGGCGGUGGCGUGCUGGGCUACGGCUGUAUUCAAGAGGAGAUCCGAUUCAUGAUCAACACCGAGCUCAUUGCCUCCCUGCUGUUCACUGCGCGACUGCAGGACAACGAGUGCCUGCUGAUCACCGGAGCGGAGCGGUACUCCAAAUACACCGGCUACGCCAAGACAUUCCGCUAUGCGGGUGACUAUGAAGACCAGACGCCCCGGGACGAGCUCGGGCGCAGACGAACGCAGGUGAUCGCCAUGGACGCUCUGUUUUUCGGGAGCUACUCCAUUGGCCGUCUCGCCCAGUACCGGCUCGAGAACAUCGAACGAGAGCUCAACAAGUGCUACGUGACGUUCUCCACGCCCUCCAUUCCUCCGCUCGACACCACCCCAGUCGCCACCGGUAAUUGGGGUUGCGGCGCCUUUGGCGGCUUUCACGACGUCAAAGCGAUCAUCCAGCUCAUGGCCGCCGCUGUAGCCGGUCGCCCUUUGAGGUACUUCACGUUCGGCGAGCCGGGUCUGGCCAACGCGCUCAAGGAAGUCUACGCCUUCCUGCGGGAGAAGCGCGUUACCGUGAGUGCUCUGUGGGAGGUGCUGUGCGAUGUGAGUGGCGAGGUGACGGCCUAUCUCGAUCGCUCGCAAGGGGAAGGUGAAGACGACGAGGAGGAGGACAACACGCCACCCAUGUCGGCGCCCCAGCUGUUCAAUCUCCUGUUCGACCGGUUCGACGUCACGCCCAAAAGCCCCAACGUUGAGGAUGGGCAGCCAACGGCGCCGCCUGCCAAAGGUAAGGAAAAGGUGCAGAACGACGAAGACGAUGAAGCUACCGUCGAGUUGUAG